AUGUGCUGCAUCUUGGAGAUUUUUGCAGUAACUGGAUCUUAUGAUAACAAAAAAUACCUCACUGAUACCUACCUAAUCAAUUUCCACAUUGAUAGCUUGGAUUUGACAAAACUUAUUGAUUCCAGUCGUAUAACAAAGAGAGAUGGUGUGGGUUCAAAAAUGGUUUCAAUCAACCCAAGACAAGGUACACCAACCAAAAGAGCUCCUGCAGAAUCUGGAUGGUACUAUGUUCCAGGGGGAUCAAAUACUCAAAGUGGCCCUUCUGCCACUGCAUCUUCUGGUGGUAAUGCUGUUGCAUCAGGUUCUGCCAUAAACUGGUGGAGUCCUGUUGAAUCCGGUAGUGCAACAAGUUCUGGUUCUGGUUCUGGCUCUACUAGUUCUGGUUCAUCUGGAAGUGAUUCUUCAAAUUCAGGUAGCACAAGUGGUGGAUACUACACUACUGUAUCUCAAGCUGUUCAUAGUUUGUUGAGUAAUGUGAAUCCACAAGUGUUGGGAAUGGCACAAGUUUAUUCUGUUGGUUUCUGGGGUUAUUGUCGUGGUUAUGUUAUUCAAGAUGAUAGCAAAAAAACGAAAAAGUUUGACAACAGUAAUGUUAACUACACUUGGUGUUCGGAACCAAAAGUUUCCUUUUUCUUUAAUCCAGUAGAAAUAUUCAAAAAAGAAAUGAACAACACUCUUUAUGGAAUUCAAGUAGAUUCUCAAGCUGCUGGUAUUGGACAGUUAUCUUACACCCAAAAAAGUGAAUUGAAAGUGUUGAUCGAUCAUUUAGAUAUAGACGAGUUGAAUCUUCCAGGGAACAUUAAUGGAAAACUACAACAAUUACACAAUUUGACUAAUGCGUCCUUUGGAUUGUUAAUGGCAGUCGCAGUCUUAUCAUUCGUCUCAGUCUUGAUUCAAAUGCUUGCAUUUUGCUUUUCCCCAGAAAAAUGUUGUUUAUCAUUUUUAAACUUUUUAUUCGAGUGCAUCAUUGGUUUAAUUGCCUUUGUUGGGGCAGUUGUUGUCACUGCUACCUAUUCAUAUGUUAAAGCCCAGGUUAAUGGCAAUCUGGAUACUUUUGGUGUCAAAUCAUUCUUGUCAAUAAACUUCUACGCAUUUGUCUGGUCAGCAGUUAUUGUGUGCAUCUUGGUUGUCUUUUUCAAUUUAUUGGGUCAUUGCUGUGGGUUAUUUGGAACAAGAAGACAUUAUAGAACAGUCAGAAAUCCACAACCAGAUGCUGAACAACAUAAAGAAGAAACUGAAAGUGAUUAA